GCAGCCGUUUGUCGUCAAGGCGAGAGGUCAUCGAGCAGGCGCACAACUUGUUCCUGUAGUGACUGCUCGACGGGUUGUCUUUACCGGAAGGAAAAAAUUCACUUCAAGAAGACACUGCUUAAUCAAGCUUUGAAAAUUGCGACCAAAACAUUUAUUUUAGGAGAGAGACUCUACGAGAAUAGGUGAAGAAUGGCAGCAGAUAAAGCCGGAGAGCAAGGGACCGAAAAGCAUGAGGGAUCUGCUAAUUGUUCUGCUAUUUCUGACCAGGAAAAGGAGUUGGCUAGAUGUUCGUUGCAAGCAUUUACGGCUGGAAAUUAUGAAGCUUCUCUUCAACAACUUGGGGAGCUUAAGGAAAUUAACAGAGAUGAUUACAAAAUCGUAUUGAACACUGCUGUUGCAGAGUUUUACAAGAGUGGCCAGACCAUAACGGACAAUUUGAGGCAAAUGCUUAAUCAUUUAAAGAAUGAGGUUCAUUCAGCUGUUGAUGAAAUAGACAGCCUAGAUGACGUUGAAAACAGUAUGCUAUACUAUAAUCAGGCUGUAAUUCUUUAUUACCUACGUCAGCACAUGGAAGCCAUUUCUAUUGGAGAGAAACUUUACCAGUUCAUAGAGCCGUUUGGUAGGCGUAUUUGUCUGAGAACACCUAGAUCGUCGCCCCAAAGCCCUAAAGGACUGCCUACACCAAACAGACGAGAGGAGAAAUUUGCACAUGCAGUAUGUUUCCUGCUUAUAGAUUUAUAUCUCCUCACAUGCCAAACAGAAAAGGCCUUACAUUAUCUGGUAAUUCUGGAAAAAAUGAUUUUGCAAGGCAACAACAAUAAAAAUGGUAAAAAUGAGGCAAACAAUAACACUAACAAUAAAGAUGUCAGCACUCAAAAAUCUGAAGUUGGUGUACAGUUAGAAGCUGCAAAAUCUAAAAUUCAUCAGUAUAAAGUAAGAGCCUACAUUCAAAUGAGGUCUCUGAAAGCCUGCAAGAGAGAGAUAAAGUCUGUGAUGAACACAUCUGGAAAUUCUACCCCAUCACUCUUUAUGAAAAGUAAUUUUGAAUACCUCAGAGGAAACUAUCGAAAAGCAAUAAAACUACUAAACUCGUCAAAUAUUGCUGAACACCCAGGGUUUAUGAAAACAGGUGAAUGUGCAAGGUGUAUGUUCUGGAAUAAUCUUGGCUGUAUUCAUUUUGCAAUGGGGAAGCACAAUUUAGGACUUUUCUACUUCAAAAAAGCCCUUCAGGAAAAUGACAAUGCCUGUGCUCAGUUGGGAAUAAAUACCUCAGACCCAGGAAAGAAAUUUUCAGGAAGGCCAAUGUGUACUCUACUUACCAACAAACGCUACGAAUUGCUAUAUAAUUGUGGAAUUCAGCUCCUUCAUAUUGGGAGGCCUUUGGCAGCAUUUGAAUGUUUGAUAGAAGCAGUCCAAGUUUAUCACUCCAAUCCUCGCCUUUGGUUAAGAUUAGCUGAAUGCUGCAUAGCUGCUAACAAGGGGACUUCAGAGCAAGAAACAAAAAGCCUACCAAGCAAGAAGGGCAUAGUACAAUCUAUUGUAGGUCAAGGCUACCAUCGUAAAAUUGUUCUAGCAUCCCAGUCCGUUCAGAAUCUGCUGUAUAACGAUGGUGAGUCAUCCGCUAUUCCAGUUGCCAGCAUGGAGUUUGCAGCUAUAUGUCUGAGAAAUGCGUUGAUCCUUUUGCCGGAGGAUCAGCCAGAGUCAAAACAAGAAAAUGGCUCUAAGACAACCAGUCAGACAAGCAAUACAGACUCAAGUGGCGAGACUGGCGAAACAUGCAGCAGUAAAAUUCACGAAGGAGAAAAAUUUGUUACAGCUCCACCAUCCUCUCCACUGAGGAGACUAGAACUGGAAAACUUAAGGUGUUCUGUCCUUGCUUGUAGUGCCUAUGUCGCUCUGGCUUUGGGUGAUAACCUCAUGGGUUUGAACCAUGCAGAAAAGCUUCUCCAGCAGCCUCGUUUGUCAGGAUCCCUAAAAUUUCUGGGUCAUCUGUAUGCUGCCGAAGCUCUGAUUUCUCUGGACAGGAUAGCUGAUGCAAUCACUCAUUUGAACCCUGAGAAUGUCACAGAUGUGUCCCUUGGGAUCUCCUCCAAUGAACAGGAACAAGGAUCUGACAAGGGGGAUAACGAGCCCAUGGAAAUUGUGGGAAAGCCGAUACCUCAGUGCUACCCAAGUUCAGUUACGUCUGCACGAACAAUGAUGCUGUUCAACCUUGGAAGCGCCUACUGCUUGCGUAGCGAAUAUGACAAAGCUCGAAAGUGCCUUCAUCAGGCUGCAUCGAUGAUCCAUCCUAAAGAAAUCCCUCCAGAGGCAAUCCUGCUUGCUGUGUACCUAGAACUUCAAAAUGGGAACACCCAGCUAGCCUUGCAGAUCAUCAAAAGGAAUCAGCUUCUGCCAUCCAUCAAAAUGAUGUCGGAUCUUCGAAAGAAGCCAUUAUUUCAACCCAUCCAUCAGCCCAUGCAGCCAAUUCAGAUGCCAGGUUUCACCACUGUUCAAAGAAAAUGAUGUAUGGUUAUCCUGGGACUGACAGAUGAGAAGGCUUAAAAUCUAUCCGUACAUUAAUAAAUGGCAUACUAGACUUUCUUGUCA